AGUGAAAAUAAAAGCAAAGCUGGCGACCUGGCACCACACAUCUGCGGAAUCAACUCUCCAGAGGAACAGUUCACCAGAUAUUGGUGUACAGAUACAUAAAAACAUGAAGACUGUGAUUCUCGCUCUUCUGGUUUUGCUGGUUGUCAGCCAGGGUGAAGCUUUGAGGUGCUACUGUGGAGGCACCUCGAAGAGAUGUUCAAGCCGGGUGGAGACCUGCUCCGGAUCGAACCCAGUCUGUGCCAGUAUCACCUUGACUGCUGGACCCAUUGUCAGCUACUUCCAGAGUUGCUACAGGGAAAGUGACUGCAGAUCGCUGCUUCGUCAAAGUUAUGCAUCUGGCAGAUGCUGCAAGAGUGAUCUGUGCAACUGAUUAAAAGACUUGUAAAAUGAAAGAUAAAUAUCAUGCAACACAUCUCCCAUUUACUGAAUAAUUUUUGACUUUUGUGUGUUGUGAACUUUUGCAUUGUCAUAUUAAAGAACACUAAGUUGCAAAGUC